ACUUAUAACAUCACUAAAAUGUUUGUUGAUUCUGUAUAUCCACAUGCGAACAACUGAAAUUAUAUUACCAUAUUGCCAGAUAAUCUAAACGUAUUAAACUUGUACAUAUAUUCACAGCUAUGUAUACAUGGCCACUGUACCAUUUUAACCUCAUAAGCUAAAGCAAUUUAAACUUUGUUGAACGAGAGAGAGAAAGCCAUGAUAGAUGGGGGGGAAGCACUAAUGUUGCAAUUCACAACGCGUGCGCCGCAGGAAAACAGCGAAUGUCAGAAGUUCUGCUAAUUCAAACCCGCAACGGGUAGCGAGUUUUCUACUUAAGCCGCUUUUGAGAGUUGUAUGAACGUGGACUCAUCGGCUUUUGUGAGUCGAUCUGGUCCUUAACACAGCUUGAGUCAUACUGGCAAACUUCUGCCGCAUUUGAUUUCGCCAAAGCCAGGAGGAGCGAGCAUGAGACCCUGGAGUAGCGCAUAAAGAGAAAAGGAGACACACCGUGUAGGAUCGGCAGAAGGGCGGACAUAAAAGGGAGGAUUCGCACACUGUAUUUAAGAUGGCGCUAGCAAGCGACCCCGGUGCCCUCCAGCAGCAGACCCAGGCCCAGAAGGAUGCCGCUGACCAGAACUUUGACUACAUGUUCAAGCUUCUGAUCAUCGGCAACAGCAGCGUGGGGAAGACGAGCUUCCUGUUCCGCUAUGCUGAUGACUCCUUCACCUCAGCCUUCGUCUCCACGGUGGGCAUCGACUUCAAGGUCAAGACGGUUUACCGGAACGAGAAGAGGGUCAAGCUACAGAUCUGGGACACAGCGGGCCAGGAGCGCUACAGGACCAUCACCACAGCAUACUACAGAGGAGCCAUGGGCUUCAUCCUGAUGUUUGACAUCACCAACCAGGACUCCUUCUAUGCCGUGCAGGACUGGGCCACCCAGAUCAAGACGUAUUCCUGGGACAACGCUCAGGUGAUCCUGGUGGGGAACAAGCUUGACCUGGAGGAUGACAGGCUGGUGCCCACGGAGGAUGGACAGAGGCUAGCUGACGAGCUGGGGUUCCAGUUCUUCGAAGCCAGUGCCAAAGACAACGUCAAUGUGAAGCAGGUGUUUGAGCGACUUGUGGAUGUCAUCUGUGAGAAGAUGAACGAGAGCAUGAAUGGUGAAACCCCAAUGGCCAAUCACAAAGGCCCUAGCCUAAAGGACACGCCCCCCGAAAACCAGGGCGGCUGUUCCUGCUGAUAACGCCUUAAACAUACAUAAAAUGGUACACACACAUACAGACAAGCAAACAGACACACAAAACAUGCUGAAAAAGUAGAAUACACAAAUACUCCCACACACUCCUACACAUUGAAUUGCCAAACAUCUAGCAUUUUGAAUGUACUCUGUCUAAUGUAAUAUAAUAGCUGAUAUCCUGCUGGUUUCCAAAUGAUUUCCCAAGUCAUUUGCAGUUCCUUUAUCUCUAACAACUGAUUUCCGAUCAGGCCUCUUUCUUGGAAUGUGCCAUUGGAAUGUAUUCAUGUAAAUUCUGGAUAUUCUGUUUUUCUUUAUUUUCUUGCAUGUAAGAUGUUUUUGCAUGUUAUUAUCCCUUUACUUUUAGUGUUGUAGCGUCACAGCGUAAAACUGUCCAUUCCUGAGCUUUUGGUUGCUUAGGUGGUUUUCAAACAAACGGUUUGGAACGGUCUUUGUUAACUUUCGUGAUUUCCCCCAUUAGUUUGGUGUACGGUGAACCACUCCACAUGGGUCUGCUCUAAAACAACGGGUACUUCCUGCCCUCGUUUUAAACCGUUGGACUGGUCUGAGCUGCACACGUUUAUGCACCCAGUAGUGGAAUUAGCCAGGUGUUUUGCUAUUGACAAGCGUGUAGAUUACUGAGGCCAUUUCGUACCACUACUUUGGCUCAUAAACCACAACAAAGCCGUCCAAAGAAGCUCAGGAAUGGAACUAUAUGGCCCCCCCCCAAAAAAAACUGUGACUCUACAAAACUAAAACAGUGUGGACAGUUUGGUAUAACAUGCAAAACAAAACUGCAAUAUCCCUUUAAAGGGUCACGUUGCUUCUAAAUACUGAUCUAGGGUCAGUUUUCCUUAUUUCACCAGGUUUAAGUUUGGGGAAGGGGAAACUGAUUGUAGAUCUGUACUUGGGGGAAAUGUUCCAUGGAGCCUCCUCAGAAGCUAACCCUUACCCGAAACUUUAGAACUGUAGGCCAGGUACUUCAUGGGUUACGUCAGCUAUAAUUCCUUGUACCACACUGCCCCCAUGUGGAUGUUCAGCUUCACUGCAGCAGGAAAUGAAAGCUCCUCCACUGCCCAUCUCUGUCUGGCAUCAAUGACAUUGUUCAGGAAUGUGUUCAGGACCCCUACACUAACUGAUCUGUCUACAGGGUUAGCUUCUGAGGAUUCUGUUAGAAACGUUUGUCUCUAAACUGUACACUGUAAACCAAAUAUUUUAGGUCAACAAUAAUGACUGAAAAGCAGCCUUGCAAAGUUUCUCAAUUCAGCUGGAUACCAAGUUUGGGAUUAAUUCUAUUUCACUUCAGGAGCUAAUCAGAAAUUCCAAUUCCGUUUCUAGAAGCAAUGAGGAAAUAUCAAUAUUUCGGUUUAAUUCCUGAAGCGACUGAAAAUUGAAAUGGACUUGACUCAUCUUAAUUAAUUGACUCUUAACUGAUUGAGAUGUAUUCAAUUCUAAAUUAGUCAAUAAAAAUAUAUUUUCGGUAUCAGUCUUUGUUUUACAUUGUCAAAAGUCAAAGGUGAUUUUAUUUUUUUAUCCUUUGAUUCAUAUGAUUGAUUUCUGCUCGACCCCCUGGAAGACAGAACGUCUUUCUAAAUUGGAAUCAAGUUAUGCAUUUCCCUUUUCUAUAAAUGAAUUAAUAAUUGGACCUGAACUGCUGAGUAACUUUAUGAGAUCCUCCUUCAAAGGUUCAGUGUUGCUAUGGUUCAAACAGCCCCCUGCUUUACACUAUAUGAAUGUUACGAACGCCAAGGAGAGCCAAAGUCUAUAAAAGACAUUUCUUGUGAA